CUGAUUCACCAUCUCCAUUGAUUCUCAUACUAAGGUUUAUUUGUACAAACUUCAACCAAGGCUGGAGCUCGCCUGUAAACUCCAGGAAGCGGCUUACUACCAUGGAAAUUGACGGGGCGAUAGUCGGUAAUGACCCUGGUAUCUCCAUGCCCCAACCUCAUGGGGGGGACGUAGGGAUGAUCGGGGCUGAUGGGGUAGCCGUAUCCCCGGCUCAUCGGGCGGAGGAGGAGGGUGUGGCUAAUGCUCAAAAUCGAUCCCACCCCCCAGCAGAGACAAACUACUGGGUGGAGGAGGAGCGUGUUCGAGACAUGCUGUCGAAAUGUUUCGACAUCGGGAUUCUGCCUGCAGGGUGGGACAUCGGUGAGUUGAAAGAAGAGGGGAAUAAAGCCCACUUUACCUUGAAUCCCUCGUUGGAUGAGAUCAAGGUAAAAUGGCUGAAGGAGAGGACGGUGACGGUUAUCUUCCAGGAAGGUUCGAAAAAUCUUCCAAAGAAGAUUGAAGAAGAGGUCAUCCGGGCGUUCGAAGACAUUUGGAUGGGCGAAGGAAGGUUUGAUCCGGCCAUCACCCGAGGGCGAGUCUGCAUCGAGUCGAGUAACGUCCUGUCGUAUAUUGCGAAGGACAUCAGAGUUACUGAAUGGAUGAUUCAAGAGGGGGAAAACAGAGUGGCUUUAAGGGGAAGAUGGCAUAGUAUUGCCUUCAAGCCUUGGCAAACCAAGAAAGAAUUGCAAGACGCGAGGAAGGAGGUGUCACAGAACUACUUUUGGAUUAAAGUACUGGACGUCCCUAUCGAUGCGUACUGCUAUCUUGAAUCGGCGGCGGAGCACUCGAUUGGCCAGGUUCUCAAAGUUCAUCCCUCGGAACGUGACGCGAGGACUCCUCAACUCAUUAAUGUGAGAAUGGACAUGGCAUUGGAGUCGCUCCCGAGGUUGAAAGAGUUUAUCUCUUUUACAACCUUUCAAGGACAAUUGAUUGAGCUGAAAGUUGCCAAUGCGCAGACUCCAUGGUGCAGUCGGUGUCGUCGAUAUUUCCAUGUGGUAGACAACUGUACGAGACAAGGGCGAAGAAGAGCUCCUAGUCCAACCCCCAGUACCUCGUCAUCAUCAAGUAGUAGUCACCAACCAAGCAGCCAUGGCGGGAGCAGGAGUGGCGGGAGGCCACCGUCACCAACAAGGACGAUAGGAAGAUGCUCGGCAUCACCCUUAAGGACGUCCAGCAGGGAUGGUGGAAGACCCAAGCAACCGACGUACCCGGGCCCUUUGGGUCCAAUAGGAGGGCGAUUGCAGCCGACGCAGGCUACAGCGGCGGGGAUGACAGUCAGAGAUAACCCAUCCUUCUCACCGGAUGGGAGAGGCGCGGGGAGGGAAGGAGAUGGCAAUACCCCUCAGGCGGAUAGAGGGUCGAGAUUGAACUCGAGGAGUAGGGGCGAAAACGAGGAAAGGAAUAGCGGUCUCAUACCUCGGAAGGAAACGGGUGGAGGUGGGGUGGCAACUUUGUCAGCCAUCCCCCAAGGCCCAUCGGGCGGGACGCACACUCAUGCAUCGGCAAGCUCAAGCCAAGGUCCAAGGAAGGAGACAACUCCUACGAAGUUACGAAGAAGAUUGAGCGAAGAUAUGAAGGCGUUUAGGAUUGAGGAGGAUAUUAAUGCGGAACCUUCAACGUCGUCAACCCCAAGACAGGCACUAAUACCCUCGGCCAAAGCUUCAUCCAAAAGGAAUCGUCGUCAGUCCACCAACUCCAAGAGUGGGGAUCAAGAUUGGGAAAAGCACCUUCUCCCACUGCUCUUUGUAGCUACGGUGGAAGAGACCUCGCGGGAAAUCUGCAAUUAUGCGGAGCUGUUCUUCUCUGAUAUCUUGACGUCAAGACGCAAUGCAGGAGAAUUGGUUGUGGAACAGCAGUUGCAGUCUGAUUUGUGGGACCUGGUGGAGGCCAAACUGACCCACUCCGCCAGUUUGGACUUGGAUCGCCCUUUGACGGAACCUGAAAUCAAGUUGGCAAUGGAAGCCAUGCAGAAAGGGAAGUCUCCAGGUUCGGAUGGGAUCCCUGUGGAAUUUUACUCUAUGUUUUGGUCUGAUUUAGCCCCUACGCUGUUGAAAAUAUAUAAUAAUGUUCUGACAGGUGGUAAUCUCUCGUCAAGCAUGUCGUAUGGUGUCAUCACACUUCUCUUUAAGAAAGGUGCAAAGGAAGAAAUAAGGAACUGGCGACCGAUCUCGAGAUUGAAUGUUUCCUAUAAGAUUUUAGCGAAAGCAUUGGCCAGGAGGUUAGCCAGGUACUUACCUCAGCUGGUUCAUCACGACCAGGCGGCAUUUGUACAGGGCCGGUCAAGUUUUGAGAAUAUUGUUACGACGAUUGAAUCGCUGGAGAUUGUGGAGAUUGAAGGAGGAUAGGCCAUUAGCCAUUCUGUUGUUAGAUUUAGAGAAAGCUUACGAUAGAG